GAAAAAUAUUCAAUUUUUUUUCAAAUCUUUUACAAAUCGUUUUGUGACCAGGAAGUUUUAAACGUAAGUGCUUGUGCUUGGAAAUACAAAACGUCAAACUUUUAUUUUUGAGAGAUAAAUAUUAGAAUGAAAGUGUUUGUAUUGUUUGGAUUUCUUGCCGUUUUCUCCUUUAUUUGCGCAAGUCCUGUACGAAAAUUUUCAUAUCAAACUUUUCAAGAAACUGUCAUUGAUCGUUGUAACGAUUUUCAAAAAAAACAUAAACAAAAGAGUGACGAUUUGAAGUUAAAAGAUGAAAUCGAUUGCAAAAAUUUGUGGAAAAAAUAUUUAAGCGGCAUCGCCGAUAAAAAAGCAUGCGAAACAAAAAACUUCAACGAUCUUUUUAAUCACGUUAUUGAAAAAAAUGUACAAGUAAUAAAAGAUAAGGCAUUGUUUUGGUCAGGAACAAAAGAUAUUGCUCAUCAAUUCGCUAAAAAUAAGAAUAAUAUUUACACUCUUGAAGAUACAUUUUCAGGAUAUAUUGCUGAUGCUUUGAAUUGGGGUGAUUUAUUUGAAAUUGACAAGCUAUCUGAUCUAAACAAAUGUGUAUUCACAGCUAAUGGGUUACCUUAUUGGAAAAAAGCAUCUGAAUUGUUUGCAAAUAAAGCCGCUGGGACAGUGCAUGUUAUGCUGAGUGGAACAUCACAGGCUGUUAAUCCACACAGUAUUUUCGCUUCUACAGAGGUACCUAUUAUAAUGAAAAAUAAAUCAAUUACAAAGGUGGUGUUUCUUUUGAUUAAUGAAGAAAAAGUGGAGCCUAAAGAAAGCUGCAGCAAUGGUUCCGUGAAACAAUUGAUUAUUGAUUUAAAAAAUCAUGGGAAAAGUGUUGAAUGCUAUGACUACAAAGAAAGAAAUAAAUUGUUCACUGAAGUUAUGACAUUGAUUUGUAAGUUUACACCGACUGCAUAUGGUUGCCCAAAAAAUGGAUAAUAUUAAACCAAUUUGUAACAAAAUUAAUAAAAUUGUUUCUAGAAGUUGAAAUCAUGAUGUUUUACGUCAUAGUGAGCUCCUAAAAUUUUUAUAUUUUUACGUCAUAGCAAGAAAAAUUUGAUUUUACCAAUUUUUGGUUUAUGUUUAAAAAAGAUCAAUUUUUUAUAUCACUUGGGGAAGUUUUCUGUCUAGUGUUUUUAUAAAUAUUUGUUUAUGUAAUUGUAACUUACACUUUGUUACCUGAUUUUAUUAUGUAUAUAAACUUUUUGUUAAUUUAUAACGAAAAGGUUUUUAUAUUUAUUUUUAUAGUUUUUAGUUG